UGUUUUUACAGGUCAGGGAAACAAGAGAGCUGGUAAAAUCUAUUUCAGGCUUUUUCAAGUCACUUUUUGCCAUUAUGUGAAGGUGUGAUCUGAGGAUGAUGACAACUCCCUCUCCGGAGAACUAAUCGUAGCGGUAACAGAGCAAACGAAAACUCAGUUGAUCCAUCACAAAAUGCACCUCCUUCCUCUGAUCUUCGGGAUUGUGUUUCUCCCUAAAGCCUGCACCCUCAAAUGUCAUAUUUGUCUAGCUGCUGCCUCUGAAACCUGCGAGGACAAAGAAGAAAUAACAUGCCCUCCAUUGUAUGAUCAAUGUGCUACUAUCAGAUUCAUGACAUACUUAGGUACCACCAAAGUUUUGGAUAGCCAGACAAAAGGUUGUGUUCCGGAAGAACUGUGUGGUGAUGCCUCACUCAACUCUGGAUUAUCCAGACACGUAAUUUCCACCAAGUGUUGCCUCACCGACCUCUGCAACAAGAAUGAGACCUCUGAGCCAAGCAUACCUAGUUCCAAUGGUAAAACGUGCUAUUACUGCGAUGGAACAGACUGCACUAAUACUGUGAAUUGUGUGGGGAAUGAGGACUACUGCAUCACAGCAAAAGUGAAGAAGUUUAAGAUGAAGGGCUGUGCCUCCAAGCAGAUCUGCUACGGUGCACUAAGUGAGCAGCUCCAAGGAUUUCUGAAAGCAAAAUUCUGCUGUCAGGGUGACUUAUGCAACAGUGCCAGCAGCACACAUGCCGGCCUCCUGCUCCUGGUGGCACUGUUUGUCUCUUUGGUUACAUUCUCUUAACUGCUGAUGGCAGCAUCACUUCUCAUUUUCACAGGGCCUCAUAGUGCAUAUUAAACAUAAAACAUAACAUUAUGCUGUGCUAUUAUUAAUGUGUAAUGAUGUAUUCCUUUUGUUUUUGAUCCAUAAUCAGUGUAGGAUAAAUUCUGGGUAAACUGAGUUACCCUUGAAAACCCACAUUUCCACUUCUUCUCUCUCAGGUAGCAAUCACUCUUUAUCCCUGGAUGAAAUGAAAAAUAUACAAAAUGUUUUUCAAUGAAAACACUCGAGAAAGAUUGAGAGUGGGAUUUAGUUGUGAUUCCCCUCUGUUUCUGUCCACAAUUUUACUCUUACCUAAAAAGACCAUUCUUUCUACUUUGUGUGCUCUCCAGCCAUUAACGGAGUCUAAAUUAGUUACUUAACACAACUGUUUCUGUAAGUAUAUGCUUAUUUCUCUUGUUGUAGUUGCUGCAUAAAACAAGGACAAGACACCAUUAAUUGUUCUAAAUAUCAUUAUAAAAUGUGACAGAAGUGUCAAAACAAUAAUGAGACAAAUACAUGUGUAAAAUUGUAUAUGGACUAAUGGCUCAUGUAAAUUAUCAUGAUUCAGAAAAAAAAAUGUAUUUUUGGGAAUUUUGUCUAUUAGUAGGAGUGGUUACUGAAAGAUAGAUUUAAUAAAAGAUGAUGAUUAUUUAUACAGGCCAUGACACCUUUUCAGAGAAAUUUGCUGCUUCCUGUUCCGUGUUCCAUGCAAUGUUAUUUCUUAUGAAUUUCUUAUAAAUCAGUCACCAAAACAGCCUUCUACCAACUUAAGAACAUAUCCAGAGUUAAGGGCUUUAUG